AUGGUAAUAAGUACAAGGGUUCCUGAAAAUAUAGAAAAAGUGAAAUAUUCUGGUGUGUACAUAUUUCCACCUAAAAAAGUGAUUAAAAGUGGAAGACCUGUAAUGGGAUUGGAUUUUGCUUCAUUAUAUCCUAGAAAGAAAAAGCAACAUCUUGAAAAGAUGAUAAGUUCAGCUAAAGAAAGUGGUAAAAGGAUACCAGAAAGGUUAAAUUUAGAAUAUUUAUCUGUAUGCUUUGAUUACGAUUAUUGGGAUUCAAAGCAAAAAGCUUUGAAGGUAUACAUAAACACUUUUUAUGGAGAAGCUGGAAACUCACUAUCUCCAAUUUUUCUUUGUGAAUUAGCCUGUGAAACUACUAUGGCGAAAAAAUACAACCUUAACCUUGUUACUAAAUUCAUAUCAAAGAAAGGGUUUAGGAUAAAAUAUGAGAAUACCGAUUCUUUGUAUCUCAUCUGCCCAGAUAGGUAUUAUGAAAAAUGCAAUGAAGCCUUCUUUAGAGAAAAACUUUCCAAAAGAGCGUACUGGACUGAAAUGAUGGCAUAUGAAGAGAUAUUAUUUCCCAUCUGCUUUACUGGUAAAAAGAAGUACUUUGGGGUUGAGCAUGAAGAUGUAGUAAACUUUAAACUGAAAAAUCUUUUCAUGAAAGGGAUAGAUACUGUAAAGCAAAGUAAAUUCCAGCUUCUUAAAUUCAUCAGAGAGAAGAUAAUGAGAGUGGCUAUAGAUAUAAAUAAUAUGCGCUUAAUUCAUAUAAUUGUUAAAGAUACUUUUAGAGAAGCAGGAAACAAGAAAUGGGAUUUCAAUGAAUUUAUUGUGAUGUGGACAUAG